AUGGUUCGGUCCCUCCCUCUGCCUCUUACCGACUUCUUGUCUAAGAAAGACGGUUUCCGCCCCAAAGCUACCUCGUUCUCCGAAUCUCUCCAGGACUCCGUUGUCUACGGGCCCUGUGUUGACCACCUCUCCGAUAGUGGUUUGCGUUCGGCCGGCAUCUGCCAAGCCGUGCAACUGAGAAUCGGCGUCGAAGACGCUCGUCCACUCGUCGACACGAAGUUUCAUCAGAGCUUUGACAGGGCCCCGGCCCAUUGUCGUCUCGACAGCGGUCCCGAAGCAAAUCUGCGUCUGACGGGCAGCACGUCCAGCAGCAAACCUGCGCUGGGCGUGUCUUGUCAACUCCGUCAUCGCAGUAGUGGGCUACUUGCUCCAACUGCGAUGCGCGGCCGUGCUCGUCAGAAGCAGAUCAAUCUGCCGUCGUCCGACACCCACGACAUCCAGGAUCUGGCAUGUUUGCUGCGUGUGACUAUUGUGGCAUGUUGCAAUCUGCUUCUGUGCCUGGCCAAUUUGGCGCCAUCGGGCACAUUGUUCUCCACGGCCUCGGUCUGCGGUGCUCUGCGCCAAAUCCGGGCGUCUCUUGUCGACUCGCCAAUUUCAGUGUUGGCUUUCUCAAGCUAG